GAGCACUUAGCUGUUGAGACAGCCAGGAGGACAGCAGCAACAUCUGGCGCCGACACAGAUGUCAAAAAACCCGCAGCAGCAGCAGCAGCUUAGCCCUGCAUCCAGUUUCCUCCAGCAUCCAGCAACCAUCAUCCAUCCGUCCCUGGGAAGCAGCAUCAGGUCCUUCCCGGGAAGAGUACCGACCCACGGCGGAGGAGGAACAAGAAGAAGAAGAAGAGGAGGGGAGGGGACGCAUCCUCACCAUCCGAGUGAUGCCACAGCACCAACUGCAUUUGGAGCAGCAGCCCUGAGAGUUGAUCUGUUUGAGCGGGUUCUGGUUCAGGAGAGGACGCGUUUCCAGCCUCGAAGACAGCAGCAACCUGCCCAUGAAGAUGUCCAACGCUGACAUCGUCCUAAACGCCGCCGAUCGGGUGGUCAAAUCGGUCCCCUUCCCCCUAAGCCACCGUCUUACCAUGAAGGAAGUGUUCGACUGUGAAGGGAAGCCUCGAGUGGAUCUCCUGAAGGCCCACCUCACCAAGGAGGGCCGUGUGGAGGAAGCCGUGGCGUUGCGAAUCAUCAAUGAAGGGGCGGCUAUCUUGCGCCAGGAGAAAACUAUACUCGACAUCGAGGCGCCAGUCACAGUAUGCGGGGACAUCCACGGGCAGUUUUUUGACCUGAUGAAGCUUUUCGAAGUGGGAGGAUCACCAGCCACAACACGCUACCUGUUCCUGGGGGACUAUGUCGACCGUGGCUACUUCAGUAUUGAGUGUGUUUUAUAUCUUUGGUCACUGAAAAUCCUCUAUCCAAAGACACUAUUUUUACUGCGUGGAAAUCAUGAAUGUAGACAUUUGACAGAAUAUUUCACCUUCAAACAAGAAUGUAAAAUCAAAUAUUCGGAGCAGGUGUACGACUCGUGUAUGGAUGCGUUUGACUGCCUUCCUCUGGCUGCGCUCAUGAACCAACAGUUUCUGUGUGUCCAUGGUGGACUCUCACCUGAAAUACACACCUUAGACGAUAUUAAAAAGUUGGAUCGGUUUAAGGAGCCGCCGGCUUUUGGGCCCAUGUGCGACCUGCUUUGGUCGGAUCCUCUGGAGGACUUUGGUAAUGAGAAAACCCAGGAAUAUUUCAGCCACAACACAGUGCGAGGGUGCUCCUACUUUUACAGUUAUCCAGCUGUGUGUGAGUUCCUACAGAGCAAUAACCUAUUAUCAAUAAUCCGAGCACACGAGGCACAAGAUGCAGGUUACCGGAUGUAUCGUAAAAGUCAGACCACUGGAUUCCCAUCCCUCAUCACUAUCUUCUCUGCGCCAAACUACUUGGAUGUUUACAACAACAAAGCUGCCGUGCUCAAAUAUGAAAACAAUGUCAUGAACAUCCGACAGUUCAACUGCUCUCCUCAUCCUUAUUGGCUGCCCAACUUCAUGGACGUCUUCACCUGGUCACUGCCGUUUGUUGGAGAGAAAGUCACAGAGAUGCUGGUGAAUGUGUUGAGUAUAUGCUCCGACGACGAGCUAAUGAAUGAUGAGGAUGAGAUAUUCGACGCCAAUGCAGCUGCAGCACGCAAGGAGGUGAUCCGAAACAAGAUCCGUGCUAUUGGGAAAAUGGCCAAAAUGUUCUCGGUUCUCAGAGAGGAGAGUGAAAAUGUGUUGACACUGAAGGGCCUAACACCCACUGGCAUGCUGCCAAGCGGGGUUCUCUCUGGGGGCAAACAGACGCUGCAGAGUGCCACCAUUGAGGCCAUUGAAGCCAUCGAGACUCAUGAUGAGGACAGAGAAGCCAUCCGUGGCUUCUCCCCCCAGCACAAGAUCACCAGUUUCGAGGAAGCCAAGGGCCUGGACCGCAUCAACGAACGCAUGCCUCCUCGGAAGGACGGCAUCAACCACGUGGGUCACUCCAUGGGAAAGAUGAAUAUGUCCGAGGCAAACGGCACGGAUGACAACAGCAACAUCCAGUGAGCCUCGGUUGGUGGUGGUUGUGGUGGAGGUAGGGGGGGCAGCAGCGACCUUUACAGGUGUUGCCCGUGCAGUGAGACAUUGCCAAAUGGGAAAUUCAGGCCUCAGAACAUAGAAACACAAACAGGCCCACAGCAGAUAGGCAGACAGAAGGUGAAAUCUGCAGCUAUUGUAAAACGAGCUAAACGGUCAUUUGUUUGGUGACAGUAUGUCAUUGCACAGGUAGGGGAGAGUUGUUGUUUCCUCCCUCUGCUCUAUUCCAGACUCAGUUGGACGAUGACGGAAGACAUGAUUGCAGUAUCUAUGCCAUGCUGAUUAUUUUACUCUUUUAUAAAAGUGUUUAUAACAUGUCACUCACAAAAGUCACCGCUUGAGGAUAUUAAACUUGCUUUGAGAGUAUUAAAACAAACUUUGGGGUGAAAAGAAAGCAAAAAAUGUGUUCACGGAAUCCUAUUUGGUUUCUUCAAAUCGGAUUUCUCACUACGAGGCAGUAGAACCUUGUCAAUUCACCCAGCAUAUCAAUGAAGGAAAAGAAUGGUUAACAGUCAUGGACACUUUAGAAAUACUACAUGCAGUGUGGGUUUAGUGUUUUAUUUAGCACAGAACCCAAUUUGGUUACUUCUGAAUGGACCUCCCAUCCCUCACCCAGCUAAUCAACAAAGAAAACAAAUUAUACAUAAUGAUGGGCUUAGCACUUUAUCUGGCAAGGAAACUAAUUUAAUGACUUCCAAAUGAGACCAUAGAAAUUGGUUGGGAGAAUUCACAUAUCAGUUAAAAACCCAACAAAAAUUAUGUCUAAACUGACGUUGUAGCGCUUUAUCCGGCAUGGAACCAAAUUUGGUUACUUCAAAAUGGACCCACUCUCAAUGAGACCGUAGAACCAUGUGGAUUCUUCAGUCAAUCAGCACAAUUAAAACAAUUAAAAAUAAUUCUAAUACCAUACAUAAAUAAUAACCCACAGUUGUAAAGCUUUAUCUGGCCUGGAACCAUAUUUGGUUACUUCAGAAUGGAGGUACUUUUGAUGAGACUGUAGAAGUCAGUGAAUUCACCAAGCCAUUCAACAAAGAAAAGGAAUGACAUAAAAAUAGAAACCGUUUGAAAGGUGUUUGCAGUGUGGGUUCAGUGCUUUAUGUGGCAUGGAACCAAAUUUGGUUACUUCAAAAUGGACCCACUCUCAAUGAGACAGUAGAACCAUGUGGAUUCUUCAGUGAAUCAGUACAAAAACUAAUUUUAAUACCAUACAUAAAUAAUAACCCACAGUUGUAAAGCUUUAUCUGGCCAGGGAACCAUAUUUGGUUACUUCAUAAUGGAGGUACUUUCGAUGAGACUGUAGAAGUCAGUGAAUUCACCUAGCCAUUCAACAAAGAAAAGGAAUGACAUAAAAAUAGAAACCGUUUGAAAGGUGUUUGCAGUGUGGGUUCAGUGCUUUAUGUGGCAUGGAACCAAAUUUGGUUACUUCAAAAUGGACCCACUCUCAAUGACACAGUAGAACCAUGUGGAUUUUUCAGUCAAUCAGCACAAAAACUAAUUCUAAUACCAUACAUAAAUAAUAAACCACAGUUGUAAAGCUUUAUCUGGCCUGGAACCAUAUUUGGUUACUUCAGAAUGGAGGUACUUUCGAUGACUGUAGAAGUCAGUGAAUUCAUCCAACAAAGAACAGGAAUGACAUAAAAAUAUUAUUUUACUAUUUGAAAGGUGUUUGCAGUGUGGGUUCAGUGCUUUAUGUGGCAAGGAACCAAAUUUGGUUACUUCAAAAUAAACCGCUCUCACAGGAGAACCAUAAACCACAGAAUUAAAAAAAUUUAAAAACACAAUCUUCCAAAUAAUGUCUAAAGCGUGGUUGAAAAUGAAACAAGUCAGUAAAUCCAUUUGAUCUUAUUGAUAUUUUCUUCAAAGAUGAGCUCUAAAAAAGCCACUGCAGUGUGAGAUUAAACCUCCACAUGACUCGCCGCCAGUCAUCUCCUAGCAUUUUGGAGGAGUUGAGGGCAGAAAAGAGGGGAGUUGGGAGAUUUAAUCUUCUCAACAUCUAUCUUAAUAUGUGAAUGUUAAAAGGCUUCCAUUUUUAUUCCAAGCGAUAUUAUUAUUUGUGAUCACGUUGGCAAAGCAUGACUUACCUCGAACAACCUCACUUUCUGGGAAAAAAAUAAUAAUAAUUUGAGCUUUCUCCUCCUUUGCUGAAGAUGCUUCAGCAAUCACAUCUGUGUUGCUAUAGGACCGGGUCACAGAGGCCAAGACAAGAAGAGAUUUUAGAAUUUUUGUAAUAAUAAUAAUAAUAAUAUAUCCUGCUUGUCCAGCACUGCCUGGUUUCUUACCUGUUUGUCUCUGAAGGCAAAGACGAGAUGUGUGCUGUCACUCAGGUGUGCAUUAGCGCCCCUUUUGUUUGUGUUUUUGCACAUUUCAGAGAUUUCAUGUGUAAAAUCUACACAGAGAACUUAACAAUUCUACAUACAAAUAGGCAGCAACCCUAACAUUUAUUUUAAUUAUUUGAAAAUCAGUUUCUUUAACGGCAAAUCUCACCAUGGAGCGUGACUGAGCUGAGCGUCCACACUGUGAUCCAAAUUGUAAAGAUUUUCUUACGUAACAAAUGUAACAAAAAGCAUCCGUCUGCUUGUCUUGAAGUUGAAUUUGGAAGAGCCCUAACUUUAAAGGAACACCGCAGUGAUCAGAUGUACAUGAUAGAAGACACCAUACGAUUUAUAAACGGGAUAUUCAAAUCCAUUUCAUAUUUAGAGAAAUUUCAAGACUCUGGAGAAUUCAAUGAAAAAUGGCAUGAACGUAGCCUCAUUCUUUGGAAGCUGUUCCUUCCCGUUUUUAUUUUAUUUUUGUUACUUAUCCUCACGAGGCUCGUGGGUAUGCUGGAGCCUAUCCCGGCUGUCUUCGGGUGAGAAGCGGGCUACACCCUGGACUGGUCGCCAGCCAAUCACAGGGCACAUAUAGACAAACAACCAUUCACACUCACAUUCAUACCUAUGGACAAUUUGGAGUCACCAAUUAACCUAGCAUGUUUUUGGAAUGUUAGAGGAAACCGGAAUAAACCUAUGCCUGCACAGGGAGAACAUGCUAACUCCAGAGAUGCCUAAGGUGGAAUCGAACUCGGGUCUCCUAGCUGUGUGGCCUGCACACUAACCACUCUGGUGCAUCUCUUCAAAAACACUAAAAAAAACCACUAAAAUGAUUUUAAUAUCACAUUUAUAAAUGAACUGGUCUUCUAUCAUAUUGUCUGAACACCGUGUGUUCCCUUCAAGAAACACACACUUCUGGAUUUUCCUUUCCUUUUUUUUUUUUCACUCAAUCUUUCUAUAAAACGCUAAAGGUACAGUAUGUGAUUUAAAGACGGACGAAACAGUGAUUUUUUAAACACAGCAUCUAUGAUAUGGAACGCAUCAAUGCAUGCAGUUAAGUUCCUAAUUGUAAUGUGAGAUUAUAAUUGUGAUACUGUAGUUGUGUUUCGAAUAGUAAACUUGAAUUCUUUUACGAUUACAUUCUAUUUGUUGGUUCAUUUGUCUUGUUUUAUAACAUUUUAUAUAUAGGCUUCCUUUUUUGGGUUUGUGUCCAUUUUUGUUUGUUAUUUAUUACCACUGCUUUUAAUUUUAUAUUGGUUCAUUGUAUGCAGGGAUGCCCUUCAAAGUGUUUAUUUUUCUGUUGUACUGAUGUACAGUUGUUUAAUAGUGUGAAUGAAUAUAAUCUCAGUGAAAGCUACUUUCAGGCUGCCAAAGCAUGAUAGCAUGGUUUUCAGAUGUAAAUGAAUUGGACACCAAAAGAAUCAUGUGUCACACUUGCGUUUGAACAAAGAAACAUUGUACUGGUUCUAUUUACUGCUGAUAUUACUAUUAUUGUUACAAUUUAAGCUUUAUGGUUAUUUUCCUUUCCUCUUGUUCUGGUUCUCGUAUGGUCUACAUGCAUAUUUCAACAAACAUAUAAUGGAUUUUAUCUUGCAACAUGUUUUUUUUAAUAUCUCUGCAAAUAUUAUGUUUUUUGUUUGUUUUUUCAUUUGACUUCCUAAAUGAUACACACAUUGUAAGCAUGCCCUAUGGGACAAAUCUCAUUUUUUUUUACUCUUGAAUAAAAUAUGCAUGAACAAACUCCA